UCAGAAAGCAGCUCUGCGGCCCACCCCACCCGAAGAGCGUGUGCGGGGAGCCCGGGCUGGCUGGGGCCAGGCUCUGGAGAUGAGGCCUGGGGCGCGCCCGCGAUCCCGCCCUGUGCCCCAGGUCCUCUCGGGCCCCAGGCAGCGCCGCUCUGCCCCCUCCCGCCUCUGGGGGCCCGGGCAAGAGCCCUCAGGGCCGCUUCGCCAGUCGGGAGGCGGCGCCCCUGGCCUGCUCGGCGCUGACCCCCGCCCUCCCCAGGCCAGUGAGGACGGCGAGAGCGUGGGGCACUGCCCGUCCUGCCAGCGGCUCUUCAUGAUCCUGCUGCUCAAGGGAGUGCCCUUCACGCUCACCACCGUGGACACCCGCAGGUCCCUGGAUGUGCUGAAGGACUUCGCGCCCGGCUCCCAGCUGCCCAUCCUGCUCUGGGACGGCGAUGCCAAGACGGACACGCUGCAGAUCGAGGAGUUCCUGGAGGAGAGGCUGGGCCCUCCCGAAUUCCCCAGCCUGGCGCCCCGCUACAGGGAGUCCAGCGCCGCGGGCAGCGACGUCUUCCAGAGGUUCUCCGCGUUCAUCAAGAACCCCGCGCCCGCGCAGGACGACGGUGAGGCGCGGCGGGGCGUGGGGGGCGGGGCGGCGGCU